CAGAGAGCCCAAAAAAGCUCCCUUUCUGCAUCAACAAAAACCAGCCCUUGCAAAGCUAACCAGCAACCUAUUAACACCCCCCCCCCCCCCCCCCCCUCUUUUCUCUCUCUCUCUCUAACCAUUCUCCUGGCUUGUUCAUAUAUUCCUCUCAACCUUUUUCUGGUUUCUUUCAUCUUGAACAAAUUUGAUGUCUAUACCACAAGAACAUGAUUACAUAGGUUUAUCAGAGAGUUCUCCCAUGGAAAGAAUCUCUGACAAGCUCUCCUCUUCCUCUUCUUCCUCCUCUGCUCUCUCAACAGAAGAGAACAGCAACAAAAACAAGACUUCUUCUCUCAACCUGAAAGAAACUGAACUGAGGCUUGGUUUGCCUGGGUCUCAGUCCCCGGAGAGAAAACCGUUGCCUGGAGUGUCUCUUUUUGGUAAAGAUAUUGACACCAACACUAAUGGGUAUUCUCUUAGCCCAUCAAAGAAUUUAGUUUCAGGUGCUAAGAGAGGUUUCUCAGAUGCCAUUGAUGCGUCCUCUGGGAAAUGGGUUUUCUCUGUGAAUAAUGGAUCUGACGCUGAUUUGAAUACGGGGGCUGUGUUAUUUUCUCCCAGAGGUGAUAAUGGUAAUACCCAGAAAUCUUCUGUAUCUAAGAAGGAGGUUGUUGGUGUUAUUACUCAAUCUUCAAAGCCAGUUCAAGAGAAGGGAAGUCAAGUAUCUGGUGCAAAUGAGAACAAUAAUGCUCCUGCCGCAAAGGCACAAGUGGUAGGAUGGCCACCUAUUCGUUCUUUCCGUAAGAACACUAUGGCCUCUAAUUUGACAAAGAUCAAUGAAGAUGCUGAAGGCAAAUCAGGUUUUGGGUGCCUCUAUGUAAAGGUUAGCAUGGAUGGUGCACCAUACCUCAGGAAGGUCGACCUCAAAACCUACAGCAACUAUGUGGAACUCUCAUCUGCACUUGAGAAGAUGUUCAGUUGCUUUACUAUUGGACAAUGUGGUUCCCAUGGAUUUCCAGGGCGAGAUGGGCUGAGUGAGACUUGUUUAAAGGAUCUUCUCCAUGGCUCUGAAUAUGUUCUUACUUAUGAAGACAAGGAUGGUGAUUGGAUGCUUGUUGGUGAUGUACCCUGGGAGAUGUUUACCGAUUCAUGCAGGAGGCUGAGGAUCAUGAAAGGUUCAGAGGCUAUUGGGCUUGCUCCUAGGGCCAUGGAGAAAUGCAAGAAUCGUAAUUAGCGCAUUAGCAUCAUUGAGCAAAGGAAAGCUUAAAAAGAAUUUUUCUGAAAUUCCAAGAAGCCUAAAGUGUGUGUCAAAGUUGAGCUCUAUGCUCAUGAGCAAUAUAUGUAUGGAAAUGUCAUAAGUUUGCUGUAUUUAGUGAACUGGGGUAAGAAAAACUUUUUACAUUUAAGAGACAAAUAUUUAAGUUUGCCUAGUUUAAUUAUUCUCUUAGCUCUACUCUUUCCAGGUGUAUUCCAAUUUGUGUAAAAGAAUGGAUUGUUUGCCUAGAAACCACCGGUAUUAGCUCUAAUUACUACUCAGUUACUAACAUUUGAUCCCAAAUGCUUAUCAUUUGGUAUGCAAUAUGGUAUUGGACAAA